AUGUCUCCCCGUUAUACUCCCCUCUCUCACGAAGACUCAGACGAAGAGUCCUCUCCCGAGGAGCAUCUUCUCUCAAUAUCCAGCAUCAAUUCAAGACACACCGAACCACCCUCAACAUGUUCCACAACAUUCAAACCAGCUCUCGUUCUCCGUUUGGCGUCCUUGGUCAUGGGGAUCAUCGCAUUCAUCAUCUUCAUCGUCGAUGGCAAUACUCCCUUCAUCGCCACGGACAUCGUUCUGGCCUUCAUCAUGAUCCUGGAUUUCUCCAUGAUCAUCCAUCACGCCAUCUCUGACGUUUUCCAAGUCACUAUCCACCUGCGCCACGGGUCUUGGAAGGGUGAUAUUCGAGGGCCCGAAAAGUCGAACGCAGCAUGGUACAUCGAUAUUGCGAUCACUCUCGCUCUGACCAUUUCUCUUAUUGUUGGAACCGCUGUUAGUUGGGGUGGAAUAUGGAUCGCGGCUGCCGUUUUUGGCUACAUCAUUAUAAUUCUGCAUAUUCUACUUGCAAUUCCCUUUAUCCGCAAGAACAAUUUGACUGUCACAAUCUCGGCCAAGCUCAACAAGGUGGCAGAAAAGAUCGCAGCGCAUUCAGGCAUUUCGGCUCAGCCAUCAGGUAGACCUACCGGCUCUGAUGCUGGCUCUGCUAGAGGAAGGACAGUGGAGGUUGGUGAGCCGAGAGAACCAGUGGAAGAUCUUGUUUAG